GAGGAGGAGGAGGAGGAUGGCGGCCUCGGCCUUGUACGCCUGCACAAAGUGUACUCAGCGCUAUCCCUUCGAGGAGCUCUCCCAGGGGCAGCAGCUCUGCAAGGAAUGUCGAAUUGCACAUCCUAUUGUAAAAUGUACUUAUUGCAGAUCAGAAUUUCAACAGGAGAGCAAAACUAACACAAUUUGCAAGAAGUGUGCGCAAAAUGUGAAGCAGUUUGGAACACCCAAGCCUUGUCAGUACUGUAAUAUUAUUGCAGCGUUCAUUGGCACAAAGUGUCAGCGUUGCACAAAUUCGGAAAAGAAGUAUGGACCACCUCAAACCUGUGAACAGUGCAAACAGCAAUGUGCUUUUGAUCGGAAAGAGGAAGGAAGAAGAAAGGUUGAUGGAAAAUUACUAUGCUGGCUUUGCACCCUGUCAUAUAAAAGAGUUUUGCAGAAGACAAAGGAACAAAGGAAGAGCCUGGGUUCUUCACAUUCUAAUUCAUCCUCUUCAUCACUUACUGAGAAAGACCAGCAUCAUUCAAAACACCAUCACCACCAUCAUCAUCACCACCAUCGUCACAGCAGUAGUCACCACAAAAUCAGCAGUCUGAGUCCAGAACAAGAGCAAGGACUGUGGAAACAGAGCCAUAAAACCUCUGCAACAAUACAGAAUGAAACUCCAAAGAAAAAACCCAAACUGGAAUCCAAGCCAUCCAAUGGAGAUAGUAGCUCUAUAAAUCAGUCAGCAGAUAGUGGAGGAACUGACAAUUUUGUCCUUAUAAGCCAGCUGAAAGAAGAAGUGAUGUCACUUAAACGUCUCUUACAGCAAAGAGACCAAACCAUUUUAGAAAAAGAUAAAAAGUUAACUGAACUGAAGGCAGACUUCCAAUACCAGGAAUCUAAUUUGAGAACAAAAAUGAACAGUAUGGAGAAAGCUCACAAGGAAACUGUGGAACAACUACAGGCCAAAAAUAGAGAACUACUCAAACAGGUUGCAGCAUUGUCGAAGGGUAAAAAGUUUGAUAAAAGUGGAAGUAUAUUAACAUCUCCUUGAGAAAAUAAUUAUUCAUAGUGUUCUGCUUAAAAUGUAAAUUUGAAUAAUUCUGUGAAGCCCUUAAAAUUCUGUGUAGUAGAAAACAUAUUUUUGCACACUAAAUGAGUUGGUGUGUUUCCUAUUCACUUUUGUAACUAAUGCAGCAUUUUUUUAAGUUGUCAAAGUAUUCAAAUAAAAUACUUCAACUGGCUUGAAGAACCUUUUUAAUUUUUUGAUAUCCGAGAACUUUUUUUUGCCAGCAAUAGUAUUAAAACAGUUGUAAAAGGACAGAAAACAAUGCUCUUUUUAAAAAUGCAACAUGCAAUAAUAGAAUAGAUGUCAUUUUUAAGAUCUAAAAGCAAUGAUUUCUUUGACACUGCUAACUUCAGAUGAUCCAUUUUCAAGUUUAAAAGUAUGUAACUUUUGGAAUAAGGAAUAUAAUGAACACUUAAGUUUUUAGCAACUGUGUUCUUUUACUUUAUUAAAACAUGAUAAACUAAGGAGGGAAAUCAUGGUGCUUUUAUUAAAUGAAAUUCAGAAAUAUAUGUAAAUAUGUUUUAAUAGUUGCAUCAUUAGUAGUAGUCAACGAGUACCCUAGUAUUUUCAUUAUUGUGAUAGGAUUUAACGUUAUUGUACAGUAUCCAAGGUAAAAUAUGUGUUUUUGUUUUGUAAAGACUACUGUAGAUUUUUACUUACAAGUGCCUUUUUGCCACCUAAUGUUUUUAUUUAUAGGAAUGCUGGUUUUUUGUACAUAAGGUUUUGUUUUUAAGAUCAUGUUUAUUAAUAAAUGUUUGUAUAUAAAUGCAUAUGUACAGGAGACAUUAAAAAGGAAAUGUAAACUGCUAGUGAGAUGUUUGAGGUUGUAUUAAGAACUAGCAGACAAGUAGCGCAUAUAAGUUUUUUAGGUCUUUGUAAUUUGUGUCUGUAGGAUAGGGAAUGGUACUGGUCCUAAUAUUUUGUCAAUCAUUACCCAAAAGAUUUCAUUUUAAAUCUCUUGACAAUAUUAUAUUUUAAUUCUGCCACAAUGAAUCUUAGUAUUUGUGUGCAGAAAUAUGCAUGUAUAGCUAUGUACAUAGUUCUACGUAUUUCUUCUUGGUUGAAUAUUAAUAUUUUCAAAACAUCUUUAUUACUACUUUCCCUACUUUUAUCUGAUUAAUAGAGUCAAUAUCAAAGGUCAUUGCUGCAUAAUUGGAUAAAUUCUGAAGUUUUCUAAAUUUUGCUUUAAAUUUCCUUUGUAGCUAUUGGUUAUUUUUCUUUAAAUGAAUUGGAGCUACAAGUAGAUUAGAGUGGUGUUUACAAAGCAAACUGUCCCAACGUCUUAAAUCAUUAUUCUUAAAAGGAUAGUAUAGGAUGAUGUAUGUGUGAUAUUAGUGUAAAAUAUAUAUAGGGCCUUUUUUAAAAAAAGUGAUUUUGAGCCUUGAAUGGAAUUGGUCUGCUUUAAAAAUGUAUUUCAUCAGCCUUUUACUUAAUAAGUAUAAAAAAUAAUCAAGUACUAUAUUAAGUUCACUAUUUACAUAGAAUGAAAUCAGUAGUUCUUGCUGCAACAUCUUAUAGGUUAAACUAACUCAACUAUGCCCUGGGCAAACUACUUCUGCCCACCCCAUUUUCAUUAUUGGACAUAUCAUUGUAAAAGUUUUUCAUGUUUUAAAAUACAAUCUAAACCAACAUUUGGAUUGCCCUUGGAAAGGAUGGUUUUCUCAUACAGUUUUGGGUGGUGCUAUUCUUUUUGAAAUGGCCUGUGUUUCAGUAGCUUAUUUCUACAGGUGUUCAGUAUAGAAUCACAUUCUCAUUUUUUGAUGCCCUGUUUAGAAGUACAAAGUUAGGGUAGUUUUCAAGUAAAAACAUAGCCUGAAUAUUUCUAACUUGGGGAAAAAAAGCAUCAAUUUAUUUCCAUCAAGUGUAUGUUUGUGUGUGGGGUGUGUGUGUGUGUGUAUACACACACACACACAUACAUAUAUAUAGUUACACUAAGUUAAUAGUCUUCAUAGGUUUAAUAAACAUAGUGUGCUUUUAACCUAGUAUUUUUUUGCCCUAGUUGUACUAUACUGUAGUGCGUUUUAAUGCUGAAGAGAUUUACUAAAUCAGAAAGACCUUUAUUUUCAUUUAAAAUCUUUCAUAACUGGUAUUUUUCCAAUUUCAUAGAUAAUUUCUCAAUCUCAAGUGGUCAUUAUUGUUUUUAGGCAAACCAUAUCCAUUUUUAGUAACAUUCAUAUUCAGACUUGUGAAAGUUGCUGCAAUUUUAAAUUAUUUUUAUUUUUGUUUUAAGGAACACCUUGAAAUUCAGUUGAAAUAUGUCAGCUUUGUAAAUCCCAAUGCUAAAACCUUUUAGGGGCUUCACAUAAUUUAAAUAUACCCUUUUAAUUUUUAUUCCAUGUCCUCAUGAGUUUUAAAACUUAAAUUUUUAAGGUUGUUAACAAGUACAUUGAGUUCUGGACCAUCAUGUCCUGGAUCUGUAGUAUAUCGACAAAAUGGCCUGAUGUUCUUUAACUGUGGAUCUGUAAGGAGAUAUUAUUGUAUGCUGUAUUGUGCUUUCUAGCUUGUUUUCAGCUGUUCAUUAACAUUGACAAGUGAUAGCCACUUUGGCGCAAGUUAUUUAUGUACUUUAAGCUUGUUAAUAUUGCAGUCCUUUUUAGAUAGUAUUGGUCUAAAUAUGCAUUUUGCAGUAAAGCUGUUGAGCUGUUCACAUGUAUAGACUAUUGAAAUACUGUACUUGCACACAUCUGACUGUUGACAUUUUGUACUUUUUUCUAAAUCCAAUAUUUCACAAUAAAAACUUUCAAAAGCAUUA